AUGGGGACGGCCAAGAACAACCACUUCACACUGAAACUUCCUCUCCUAGACAAACCGAAGACACCCAAAAACUACGCACAGCCUGAGGUUCUGCAUCACACCUUUGAGACUCUGUCCAACCUUCACAGACUGCUGCCAAACCAUCUGAUGGAGACACUUUAUUCCUACAAGAGGGAAGAGGACAAACAAAAUUUUCAGAAUUCUGAAUUCUCUGGCUUAGAAAGGAUCUUAGCAAGACAUGAGUUUCCAAAAGAGAUUAAUAUGACCCCAAAGCCAAGUAGCAUGCCCCUGUGGAAAAGAAAAUCCAUCAGUAAUGCAAAUCAUGGGUGGAAGAAAUGCCUCUUGUGGAAUAAAAACAUGGAGGAACCUCCGAUGUCAACCAUAGUUGUCAGGUGGUUGAAAAAGAACAUGCAACCCACCGAAGACCUUCAGUCAGUGAUCCAGAGGCUGUCGGUGUUUGGGCCUAUUAAGUCCGUCACCCUCUGUGGACGGCAAAGUGCUAUCGUGGUGUUCAAAAACACGACUUCAGCUUGCAAUGCUGUGAAUGCUUUUCAAAGCAUGACCCCAGGCACAAUGUUUCAGUGCUCCUGGCAACAGAGAUUCAUGUCGAAAGACGUUAAGACUCCCUGUGACCCAAAUCCUAUGUAA